AUGACAUCAUCUACAUCACAGACAGGAAAUCAUACCACUACAAACACGGUAGAUGACGAGAAAUUUGAAGAAACCCAUAGCCCCGACCAGUAUGCAAUUCAAGUAGUGAAUGAUGGAAGGGUGUGCGAAAAGCUAAGACAUGGUGCUUAUGGAUGUGCUCUUGGAAACAACUCUUAUUCAUCUGGUAUUCAUCAAAUUAAAGUGAAAAUCCACUUUGGGAAUGUGUUUUUGGGCAUUCGCUCACGAAAUAUAGUACCCAUACCGCUUCAUCCUCAAGUGCCCAAGUAUGAUGAUACUCCAUCUACAUAUGGUUGGUGGAUCAAGAGCGGCUUCAGGCGGUGCAAUGGAAAUUCGGAAGCGUCAAAUUUGCCAGGAAAUGCAGAAGAUAACAGUGUGUUCAUACUUACGAUCAAUUGUGAAGAGUACCGACUAGCUAUAGUGAAUGAAAAGAGCAAAGUAAAAGAUGAAAUGGAGGUGGAUCGCCUUCACGCGCCUUUCCCUUGGUGCCUCUUUGUUGAACUUCCUCGGACCUUAAGUUGUGUAUCAUUAGUAUAA